AAUGACAAUCUGCAAAUGGCGGAUGGAAGCGGACCGCUUUAACUUUAUCCCACAAUAACAAUAAGCGUAUCCUAGUGAGCGCAGGAUGAAUCACGGAUUCAACUAGCGAGGACAAGCCCAAUUUGUUCACGUUCAUCGACCACAAGUGCUGCGCCGAAGCCGAACGACAGCCAGGCGAUGGAGGAGAACCAACCCCGUUACAGCAAGCGCCUGCGAACAGGAACGCGACGGCGUUACCAGGACGAUGGCAUCUCAGAUGAUGAGAUUGAGGGCAAGAGGACUUUUGACCUAGAAGAAAAACUUCAAAGCAACUUCUUUAAUUCAGACUUGGUCAGAAUCAUGGAUGGAAAAGACUUCACUUUCGAGUACAUCCAGCGGGAGGGACUUCGGGACCCCAUCAUCUUUACUAAAACAGAUGGUCUUGGCAUUCAGAUGCCGGAUGAGGAUUUCAGUGUGAGCGAUGUGAAACUGUUUGUGGGCAGUCGAAGAAUGAUUGAUGUGAUGGAUGUAAACACUCAAAAGGGUAUUGAGAUGUCAAUGAGUCAGUGGAGACGGUACUAUGAAACUCCACCUUCAGAAAGGGAAAAGCUGUACAAUGUCAUCAGUCUCGAGUUUAGUCAUACGAAACUAGAACAUCUCGUCAAGAGGCCUGCCUCGGUUGAUAUGAUCGACUGGGUAGACAACAUGUGGCCACGGCACCUGAAGGAGAGACAGAGAGACUCCACUAAUGCCAUCAUAGACAUGCAGUACCCCAAAGUGCAGAAGUAUUGUCUGAUGAGUGUAAAGGGCUGCUUCACUGACUUCCACAUAGACUUUGGCGGCACAUCAGUCUGGUACCAUAUCCUGAGGGGAGCCAAGGUGUUCUGGCUGAUUCCGCCCACGCCGCAGAACCUGGAGCUCUAUGAAAACUGGGUUUUGUCAGGGAAACAGGGUGACAUCUUUCUUGGAGACAAAGCCACUGCCUGCCAGCGCAUUGAGCUAAAGCAGGGCUACACCUUCAUGAUCCCCUCAGGCUGGAUCCAUGCAGUAUACACUCCUGAAGAUACUCUGGUGUUUGGUGGGAAUUUCCUACACAGUUUUAACAUUCCAAUGCAGCUGAACAUCUACAACAUUGAGGACCGCACACGGGUCCCAUCUAAGUUUCGUUACCCGUUCUAUUACGAGAUGUGUUGGUAUGUGUUGGAGCGUUACCUCUACUGUCUGACCAACACCUCUCAUCUAACGCCAGAGUUCCAGAAGCACUCUCUGGGUAUAGGGCUGAAGAAAGAAGAUUACAUCAAACCAAACAAACUCGAUGACCAUACAAAAGACGGACAGAAGGAGGAGGAAGGGGAGGAGGAGGAGGAAGAGGAGGACGAUAGCAACAAGGACAUUAAAGAGGAAAAUGACGAAGAAGAAGCCCCCUCCCUUCCGGCCCAUCCGGGUGUGAAAGUGCACCUAACACCAUUUGAGCUGGAGGGCCUGUGGCAGCUACUGCACAAACUGGAGGAGCUGCCAGCUCACAAGAAGUGUGUCCCCACAGGCAUCAGAAACGCUCCAGCGCUUCUCAGUGACAUCCGGGCUGUGCUAGAGGAGCAUGCCAGUGAUGAUCCCAAGUUGUCUUACACUGGAAAUCCCAUUGUCACAUGGCCCAAAAGGCCCUCAUGGUAUAGGCCACCUGCUCCUCCCCCAUCUCUGCUUUAUCGCUCGCGGGCUCCAGGCUCAGGCCCCAUGUUGGCUCCGGUGCCACGGCCCAUGAAACCACCUUCCUCUAUCUCAGCUCUUCGGCGACGGCGCGUGCGGUGCAAACGCUGUGUGGCCUGCCUGCGCACCGAGUGCGGGGACUGCACUUACUGCAAGGACAUGAGGAAAUUUGGUGGCCCUGGCAGACUUAAGAAGACCUGCAUUCUCAGACAGUGUCUGGCUCCGGGACUGCCUCUGUCGGCUGUGUGUGCCAUAUGUAAGGAGGGAAACCAGGAGGCUGAAGGCUCGGAGGCCACACAGUCUCUCAUGGAAUGCUCUGAAUGUGCUCAGAUCACUCAUCCAGAAUGCAUAAAGGUGCCAGGGGAGGGUGUGAUCAAUAAGGACCUGCCCAGUUGCUGGGAGUGUCCCAAAUGUGUCCAGGAAAAGAACCGAGAGUCUUCCAGCAGUAGUUCUGAAAAAGAAGGUGAAAGCAGCGUGACCACCGGCUCUCCGUCCUCAGGCCCUCCAGCCAAGCGAGCGUACAGAGAGGGCAUCGGAGUGGGGGGGCUGCGUUGGGGUCUUCGCAAGGGUCGGCCGCCACUCUCACCCUCUUCCUUGCCUCUGACCCGCUCCAGACGCCAACCCCCACCCUCACAGAGACUCCUACUGCAGCACCAACAGAGCCGCAAGAGAGCCAGUGCACUGGAGCUACAGCACAGAAAGAGGAUAAAACUAGAACGGAACAAAAUCCUCCAGUCGCCACGUUCGCCUGUUUCUCUUUCUCCAAAGCUCCUGCGGCAGCGGAGUUUGGAGAGAGCCGGGCUGAUCCGGGCAGCGCUAAACAGGGCCACGUCCCGCGGGAGAGGGCUGCCAGCCUGCCGGGGGAGAGGGGUGCGGCUCAGAGGCGGAGGAAGAGGCGGCACCCUGAGAGGACGGACUGAGGGAGAGGAAGGUGAAGCGGACAGCAAUGAGGAGGAAGGGCAAGAGAAGGAAGAGAGGAGAGAGAACGGGUGGGGGGGCAAAGAGAACCGGCCACAGAGACACGGGGCACGGGCGAACGAAGAGGAAAAUGGAGAUGGACCACAGAACGGAGAACGAAAAAGGGAGAGGGACGAAGCUGCAGAGCACACGCAGUCAGACUCUUCAGUGGUGCUUGGUGAUGAUGCGAGAGGUCAGAGGUCAUGCGUGACAGUGACCUUGCGACCAUCCAAGGGUAGGCGUGAUCCCAGCACCAUCGUUCCCAAGCUGGAGGCCAAUGUCUCCCCCAGAAGCCUCCCACAAAGCCCUAGAGACCUUUAUGGCAAGUCCCUGCUCCGCCCCCCUCUCCGAAACGGGGUCCGGCGCUCUGAUAAAGGCCACCUUCACACAGAGUGCUCUCGCACACAAGCGGUCAGGUCACACACAGACAGAACGCAUCUCCAAACCUCCACGCUGACCAGAAGCACCUCCAAACACACUCACAUGGGCCGGAACCUUAGAUGCAACUCCGGGGAGUCCCACCAAAAUGGUAAAAAGUCUCGAGUGGACAGAGCGAAGCCCCCUGCUUCGUCUUCCUUGUCCAGCCCAAUGUCCCGCAGGUCGCCUGAGCAGAACGGAGCGAGUGAGCCCGGCUGGGAAAGGCUAGUGUGGGUGUCUGUCUUCCGCUAUCUGACGCGAACCGAGCUGUGUGUCUGUAUGGCCGUCUGCAAGAACUGGUACAAAUGGGGGUGUGAUAAGCGGUUGUGGACGCGAAUCAGUUUAAGCCGCUGCCAGUCCAUCAGUCCACAGGCCCUCUCUGGCAUCAUCAAACGUCAGCCGGUCACACUGGACCUUUCGUGGGCCAACAUAUCCAAGAAACAGCUCACUUGGCUUGUUAACCGAUUACCAGGGUUAAAAGAUCUGGUAUUGUCAGGAUGUAGUUGGGUGUCAAUCUCUGCUCUGAGCUCUCCCAGCUGUCCAUUGCUGCGCUCGUUAGACCUGCGCUGGGCGGACGGUGUCAAAGAUGCACAGAUCCGAGAGCUCCUCAGCCCACCAGGCAGUAAUAACCGAUCCCAGCUGCGGAACAUGCAGUGUUUGAGGCUGUGUGGUUUGGAUGUGACGGAGGCCACUCUCAGGCUGAUCAUUAGACACAUGCCCCAGCUGACGAGGCUAGAGCUCUCACACUGCCCCCUGACUGACAACGCUCUCAACCUCCUCACUGCUGUGGGCUCCUCCACACGCAACACACUCACACAUCUAAACUUAGCAGGCUGCAGUCGUCUGACGGAUCACUGUCUACCGUACCUGCAGCGUUUGUCUUGUCUCUCGGUGCUGGACCUGCGCGGCUGUAAAGGAGUCUCCCGGCAGGCCUGUGAGAAUUUCAUCUCGGAACUGUCUGUCAAUGCUCUCUACUGCCUAUCAGACGACAAGCUCAUCCAGAGGAUAUCAUAGAGCCCGGCCUUCUCUCAGAGAGAAAGACUGUUGGGCUGAAUGGUGCCAGAGUAUGUUUGUAUGUGGAUGUUAGUAAGAAAUGUGUGUGUGUGUGUGUGUGUGUGUGUGUGUGUGUGUGUGUGUGUGUGUGUGUGAGAGAAUGACAAAAGCAGUGUGUGUCUGUUAGUGUGUAUGUGCGGGCAGUUCAGCGAGGUUGCUCUGUUUAACAGAAAAUUUAGUUUUAUGUAUAGAAUGUUAAGAGUGAGGAGCUUAAAGCAUCCAGAGCGGAGCUUAUGGAAAAACACGACUUGGCGAUGGGUACCUCUUAUUUGUAAUUAACUAUUUCCCUUUGUUCUGUGUAUACACAAAUACUGCAAUUGGCAAUCAUGUCGAUUCUCAGGCCUGUAAUGCCGUACGCUCUUCCAGUAGGAGUUUAAACAGGUGCUAUUCCCCAACAGACUCUUUUCUAUUCCAGGGCAGGCCCGUUGUUUGCAUGCCUCUCCUGAAUCCAUCCCUUUCUUUUUUUUUGACAUUCUAACUUG